GGAUAAAAUGGCCGAAGUGUUCGUUUCGGGACAAAUUUUAUCGGCACGUGGAUUCGGUGAUAAUCGGCUAUCGAUUCGAUAUCAACUCAGUUUUGGAGGCGGUUGGAGAGUGGUUCAGGGUGAAAGUGAGGGUCAGACUCAGACAGAUUGUCCUUCAGUUUUCGAAAAUGCUCAUUUUGCUCAUCCAAUCGAUUUGCACCUGGCAACUUCCAGUAUUCAAGGUUGGCCCCGACUUUUGCUCCAAAUCUGGCACCAUGACAACUACGGUAGACAGGAAAUUGCUGGGUACGGUACUUUGCUCCUUCCUACCUCUCCCGGGAAACAUGUUCUAACAUCUGGAUGCUGGCGACCUAAAGGAAGUUGGAGGGAGGAAAUGAUGCAUAAACUGGUGGGAGGAGGACUGCAGCUCACCAGCCUCAGCGCCCUGGAGGAUCCGUCGAUUCGCGAGAAGAUUGUCAGUGUGUCAGCUGGAGUCGUCAAAUUUGAAUUGAAUAUUAUUACUAAAAAUUUUCAGAGAUAUGGUAUUUUGUGUUAGUUUUGGUAGAUAGCUUUGAAAAUGGAAUAUUCUUUGUAUGGAAAAAGAUUUUUAAAAAAGAAUUUCAAAAAAAAAUUUCAUGAUUUUUUUUCUUAAAUUCUUUCAAUUUAUGUAUGUGUUAUUUUACUUCAAUUAAUAAAUUUUUCAAUUCGCA